AUGAGCAUGAAAGCGUGUUGUCUUGCUUGCUUUGCAAUUUUAGAUGACAUGAAUUCAUGCACAUUAAUUGCUAGCACUAAUAUCGCGCUUAAUAUGAUCGCAGUUGGGAAAUGUGGCUUUGGUAAGUUUGGAGCAACACUCAAUGGCGGUGACGUUUCGGCUGCAGCAGAGCUGUAUCGAGCGGGUGUAGGAUGUGGCGCUUGCUAUCAGGUAAGGUGCACUAACAGUUAUUAUUGCCUGGAUAAAGGAGUAACUGUAGUCAUAACUGACCAUGGAAGCAGUGAUCAAACUGACUUCAUUCUCAGCCAGCGAGCCUUUAGUCAGAUGGCACGGAGCACAGAUGCAGCAGCCUCUCUACUGGCACUUGGAAUAGUUGACAUUGAAUAUAGAAUGUUAGAGAUAUGCUUCAUGGUCAUUAAGAAAGCUACAAGAUAUGCUUCAUGGUCAUUAAGAAAGCUUCUAGAUUUAACUAAUAACAGAUGAUUUAGAAGUUAGAAGCUCACAAAUUGAACUUUCAUAUGACUGAGAGGAGAGCAUCUGCAGGAACUAUAUGUUCUUUUCCUUGGGUUUACCAUUGAUUUAUUCCAUAAAAGUAAUUAAGCAAGUCCAUGAAAACACAAAACUUCAUUGUAUCCUCCAUGGAAGUAAAACCU